AUGAACAAAUCAUACUUAACGUUGCCUAACCAAACACAAUUAUCGAUCGAUACUGAUAAUAAGAGAUGGAGACGUAUUUUAAGAGACGCAACGAUUUUAUCUUGUGAUGAAUUUUGGUUUGAAAAACCAAAAAACAUCACAGUACCUGAUAAUUUAUUUAUGAUCAAAAAACAUUUUGAUGGCGAAUUGAGGUUACAAGAUUAUUUUGAAGAGCAGUUGUCUAUUCUCAAUCCGCAAAUGAAGUUUGUUAAAUUUGAACGUACCAAAAAUAAUCAUUAUUUACGAGGGUACGCGCCAGAUAUAUCAUUCGCACGAAAAGGUCUAAAGGUGAACUCCAAUAACGUUCUAUUCAUUAUAGAAUUAAAAAAAACUGGCGGAAAUUUACUAAGUGGUGACCUACUCCAGGUGUACAACUAUGGAUGUUGUAUAUUGGAUGAGCAAAAAUCAAGAGAUCACGCGACGUUUGCAAUAAGUAAUGGUUUAUAUAUAAAUUUUUUUCGUAUAUAUAGAGACAAAAAAUUAGACGCAAUCGAAAAUUUAAUUUUACACGACGAUUAUGGUGCUCAUCCAGGAUUAGAACUUUUAAUAAGUGUGAUUUCGUCACCACAAGGGUUCACAAAUGUGAAGGCUGCAAUAAAAAGAGAUUCAGUAAUUUCAGCUGUUGGAGAAGUUGGAAAUCGUCAAAACAAUUUGGUUAUCCUGUGUGAGUGUAUUGAGUGGAUUAUCAUAAAGAGUAGUAGUGAAACUAGAAUGAUGCUUGCAGAGAAACAGUUGCCGAAAAAAGACGCAGCUUCGAAUCAUGUUUCAACAAAUACAAAAAGUGUAUUAAGUACUGGUUCAAGUGUUUCAAGAUUAGAAAAUAUUUCUAAUUCGGUGAUAUGGGAUUUGCAAUCUAUUACUCCAAAAUUGAAACGAAAAGCUGAUAUCCAAACAAAAUAUGCAAAGCAACUAUCUAAAGAAGGUAUAGAUACUUUUUGUCAAUUGCUUCUUCAUGCAACAAUUUCAUGUGGAUGGUCUUUUAAUUGGGUAGAGGAUCAGAAACUUCUGAUGGAAGAAGUUUGGUUUGGGGUGGCAACAAUAUUUCAACUGAAAGAUAAAGAGAAAUUGGGUGCGAUGAAUACAUUGAAACUUGGUUAG